UAUACAUGCAUACAAAUUAUGUGGAUGCAAUUAUGCAGUCGCGCGUUCAUUGCUGGGAGCAACCACAGCAUUCCACUUGCGGAUGAGGCGCUAGAUAGCGAGAGCCACGCUGCAGUCUUGAAGGAUGAUUUUAAUUUACGAAACUCGUUUUGGGUUGACACAAACGGUAGUUCGCCCCAGCUUGAAUUGCAGAAGCAGGUGCAGGCGCCAGUGCUGAAAAUAGCCCAUAGCUUUCGGGUCGUACACAGACCCCAGUUGCGUAAAGUCUAUUUAUUUGGCUGCCCACUUUUCCACAACUGCGCGUCGACAACUAUCCCACACAAACAAUUACAGUCUUCUGGUAUCAAUGAUUAUAAUUUUCACGAAGCACUCUUGACGAAUAAUGUAAAUAAGUUGACGAUCCUACAAGGAUCCAUGGAUCUAUAUACAAUCAAAGUGAAGCCAGAUGACCUUUCUACAAAGAUUGUUACAAAUCAGUUGCCAGUUCUAGCGGAAAAAUUUCAAGCUGGCGACUUGCUCAAAAUUAAUGAGUUGGCCCUUUUAACUUUAUUUGAGAAGCCUACUCUAGGACUCGAUAGCUGUAAAGAUAACGGAAGUGCAUGUGGACUAAAUGGAGACCUCAAUGAGUGCAGAUGCAACUUGUGCUCUAAAAGGAUGAACGCAAUAGAGUCUAGUGUAUCAAGAGCCAAGCAAUUAGUCGAUCGGGCUGUUCAGUCAGUGGGUGCAUUGCCACCCACUGCCGCUGCCUCUACAUCUCACAAGGCGAAAUCAAAUUGUUACUUAAUCAAUUUGGCUCAUUUGUUACUGGUUAUUGCGUGUCUUCGUGGAGUGCCUUAAAAUAGAGUUGAAGACUUAAAGCACGGAAAGUUUUUCUUGCAUAAGCCAAAUCUGCUUUCUAAGCAAAGCCGUAAGUUACUUUUGUUAAAUUUGGAAUUGUUAAAUUGAAAUACUGAACUGAGCUGAGCAAAAUAGAGUGCUACUCUAUGCCAAAUUCAGUAGAACUCUG